GUUAUAUAACGGUUGUUUUGUGUACCUGUAGACUGGAAGCUGUGUUUACAGUUAGUAUGCUGCUAUAGUUAAAUAAAUACUGGCAGUUUAAAUGUGAAAAUCCCGUUGAGGAAAAUAUCAAAUUACAAGAAUGUACCUAAUAUUAUUUAUUAUGCUCAACCUGGGAACAUUUGCCUCAACAUUUACGUGGCAGAGAAGAAACGGAACAGAUGUCUACUAUUCUUAUGUAUCCAUGCGUGUAACCAUGCGUGAAGCUCAGAAUAUUUGCUUGGCAAACAACGGAAGUUUAGUUACCAUCACAUCACAAGAUGAGAGCGACUAUAUUUUUAGUCAGUACAGAGCAAUCAAUUACCAUGCUUGGAUUGGAUUGACUGAUGAACAACAGGAAGGUGAAUGGAAAUGGUUAGAUGGAGCACCAUAUACAUUCACAUUAUGGGGAUAUGGUGAACCUGGAGGUGGAUUAAGUGAAAACUGCGCUCUGCUUCGGUAUGCUGACUGGGUUGACACCUCAUGUUUUGAACAGUGGUCCUUCAUUUGCGAAAUGGUCAUUUUCAUAGAUGAAUGUGCAAAUGCAACAUUGAACGAUUGUCAACAAGCAUGUACCGACACAUACGAGAGUUAUACCUGUUCGUGUUUUGAAGGCUACCUGUCCCAGGUAGUGGACGGGCAGGUAAUGUGUAAAGACAUUGAUGAAUGCUCCAAUAAAACACUGAACGGUUGCCAACAAAAUUGUUCAAACACAGAUGGAGGUUAUAGAUGUACAUGCUUUAUUGGACACAAAAACUAUACAGUGGAUGGACAAGUCAUGUGCGAAGGUUAAUUCACAAACGUGUAACUAAUAACUGCAAUAUAUUAAUUUUAACUUAAAUAU